CGCGAUGCCGGGGAGGUUGCUGACUCCGUCCCCGAACUGGUAUUGUAGCCGCUGCAGUGACACCAGCCCCCGGGGAAUCCUCGGCUUCGGAGCCAAGAACAGCAUCUUCCUGCUGGAGGUCAGCCCGGGCCAGCCUCUCAUCCUCGGAGAGUUGGCAGGACAUACGGAAAGGGUCACUGGGUUCACCUUCUGUCAGCACCCAGGUCUUGUGGACAUCUGCGCCAGUACGUCUGAUGAUGGCACCAUUAAGGUCUGGGAUAUUCAGACGAAAACUGUACUGCAAGAACACUCCGCUCACCAGAGUCCCAUCACUGCUGUGCACUGGUCUCCCCUGAAGAAGGAGCUGGUGGUGUCUGGAGAUGAGAAAGGGAUUGUGAUCUGUUGGUGGUAUAACAGAAAUGAUACGCACCACUUUUUCCCGGAACCCCGAACCAUUUUCUGCCUGUCCUGCUCCCCUCAUAAUGAAGACCAGGUGGCUGUGGGGUAUAAAGAUGGGAUGAUCGUCAUCAUUGAUAUAAACCGGAAAGGAGAGGUGAUACACAGAUUGCGGGGUCAUGAUGGAGAGAUUCAUUUCCUGUCCUGGUGCCCGCAGCUCUGCGAGCCGCAGUUCCUCAGUGAUGCCACCUCAGAUACACUGGGACUGAAUGGUGAGCUCAUGACAGAGGACACUGCGAAGGAUUGUUUCCUGGCAUCGGGAAGCAGGGACCAGACAAUUCGGAUCUGGAACACCACAAAGGGCAAAGGUGUGAUUACUCUGAAGUUGCCGUCACUUAAACGAAGAGGCGGAGGAACAGAUGCGGGAAUAAAGGAACGUAUUUGGCUGACGGUGCAUUGGUCUCGAAGCUGUCCCACCCAAUUAUUCUCCAGCUGUUUCGGGGGGGAGCUGCUGCUCUGGGAUUUGACCAAGACGGGGAAGCAGAAGUGGACACUGCUGGGGUCGUCAUCAGAAGGACAGAAUCACAGCAGGAUUGUCUUCAACUUGAGUUCGGUCUCCCUGCAGGAUAACUGUGAGCUAUUGCUGUCGACCUCGAUGGACCGAGAUGUGAAGUGUUGGGACCUUAAUACACUGGACUGUUGCUGGACGCAGCCUACACUUGGAGGCUUUGUCUACAGUCUGGCAUUCUCCCCUGUGAAUAUCGGCUCCCUUGCUAUCGGUGUGGGUGACAGUAUGAUCAGGGUGUGGGACACCCUGUCCCUUCAGCGUGCUUAUGACAUCAAGACUCUAUGGCAAGGAAUCAAAUCCAAGGUCACUGCUUUGUGCUGGCACCCAACCAAAGAGAGUUCAUUGGCAUUCGGAACUGAGGAUGGCAAAGUUGGCAUUUAUGAAAUUUAUUCAAACAAGCCCCCUCAGAUUUCCAGCUCCUAUCACAGGAAGACUGUUUACGCUCUGGCUUGGGGACCACCACUGCCCCCCAUGGCGACUGGCGGUGAUGGGGAUGGGCCGGGCGUUAGUCUGUACAGCUGUGCGGGUGAGGGGAUCAUCCUUCAGCACAACCCCUGGAAACUGACGGCAGAUGCCCAGGACAUCAACCGGUUAAUCCGGGACACCAAUGGAAUCAAGCAUAAACUUCCAGGUCGCAGUGAACUGAACUGGAAACCUGAUGGUAAAAUCCUGGCUAUUGGGAACGACGAUGGGUCGAUUGAGAUCUUCCAGGCUCCUCACUUGAAGUUGCUAUGCACCAUCCAGACGCACCACAAGCUGGUGAAUGCUAUCCGCUGGCAUCACCCACACGGCACACAACCUGAGCUCAGCUCCCUCAUCGCCUCCGGCUCCAACAAUGCCAUUAUCUACGUUCACAACCUGAAAACCGUGCUGGAGAGCCCUCCGGACAGUCCAACAACAGUGACUGAACCGUACAGGACGUUACCAGGGCAUACUGCGAAGAUCACGAGUCUGGCGUGGAGCCCUCACCACGAUGGAAGGCUGGUGUCAGCCUGCUAUGAUGGCACUGCACAGGUCUGGGACAUCCUGAAGGAGGAGCCUCUGAGCAACUAUCGAGGCCACAUCGGGAGGUUGCUGGGGGUCCAGUGGUCUCCAGUUGAUCCGAACUGUGUGUGGACAGGAGGCGAUGACUUCACAGUACGGCAGUGGGAGGUCUCAAAGCAAGAACAUACCCGACCACCCAAAGGAAAGAAGUCCAUCGAGUUGGAGAAGAAAAGGCCCAACUGCGCGAAACCCAAAUCGAAAAAGGCCAGGAAGCGAACCGAGAAGGGGAGCGUUGGGCAGGAUGGGGAAGAGACCCGGGAAAACUCAACGCAGAGUGUGGUAGGCAGUAGGAACAGCAGCGCCGACCAAGCGGAGGAAGAGGAGGAGGAAGACAGUCGGGACGAGACAGAGAUGGCAAAGUUGUCCAAUGGGACUUCUCGAACCCCGGUUUCACUGAAUGAGCCCAGAGCAUUGGAGAACACGGAACGCGUUCUUCCCAACAGCCUACACACCAACCUGAGCCAAACUCCCCAGGGGAAGCCAGACCGGCUGAAGGAUGAGAGGAGGAGGGAGCGAGCAGAGGUGGCUAUGAAGAAGAAGAAAGGACGAUCUAUUCUCCCACUCAGUACGAUCAACGAUCACCGCUCAAAGGAGGAGCUUCUCUCGGACUGUGUGAAUCUCGCUAACAUCCUCUACUCGAAAGAGUCUGAGAGCCAGAGUCGGCCAGGAUCGGGAGCUGAAAUCCAGCUGGGUCUCUAUGCGGACAGGCCAGCUCUGUACAGGAUGUUCAAGGAGGAAGGGCAGAAUCAUCUAGAAGCUGGGCAUUCUGAGGUCUGUUACCAGCUGAUGUUGUGGAAAGGUGACAUUGGAGGAGCUUUGGAGAUGGCCACUGAGAGGGGAGAGCUCAACGACGCUUUAGUUGCUAUGGCGCCCAUGGCUGGGUACACAGUUUGGGUGCGAACAGUUGAAGCCUUUUCCAAACAGCUGUGUUUCCAGGAACAGUAUGUGAAGGCUGCCACUUACCUGCUGUAUAUCCACAAGGUCUACGAAGCCGUGAAGCUUCUCCAGUCUCACCAGCUGUUCCGCGAAGCCAUUGCCAUUGCCAAAGCCCGGUUACAACCCGAUGAUCCAUUGUUGAAGGAACUUUACACCAACUGUGCCGGUGUCAUGGAGAAAGACGGCCAUUACACAAUCGCAGCCAAGUGCUAUUUGACGGCCCGAUCCCCUUACGAUGCGGCUAAGAUCUUGGCGAGGAAGGGCGACAUACCUUCGCUACGGGCGGCUGCGACGGUGGCCUCCAUUGUCGGCGAGCAGGAGCUGUCCUCCUUGUUCUCCUCCAGAUGCUCUUUGGAUCUGUUGGCCCAGCGUGACUGGCAGGCGGCGCAAGAUGUCCUGCGCCCACAGGAGGGUUUGUUGGGCCACAGGUUGGUGCUGUGUACGUAUGAGUUACUGUACCGGUACCUUGCUGACGGGAACCUGACUCUGUGGAAGAGUAUGAACACACCAUGCUACCACGACUGGACCUUACAGAGCGAUAAGCCCCUCAUUCGUUCAGUGAUUGCCAUUUGGCAAAGUGAGUUUGGGAUCACACCAGCCAAUACUGAACGACUGAAGACAGGACAUCAGCAGCUCAGGAUGACUGAACACCCAGCGGCAUCUCCCAACACCCCGCCCAGACUGCUGAUGCUGUACUUGGCUCAUGACCUGAGUGUGGCCAUAGCCUGCAGUCUGCUGUCUGACUGGGCCCAGAUGGUCACUGCCUUACUCAGUGCCGUACAUCGAUGUGUCAAUGCUGGAGACUUCACUCUGAUGCAGGAAGUCAGCAAGAUCACUCUCUCGGAAGGAGAGGAUUUCACCUCUGACCUGGAGGCCAAGUUGACUGGCUCUGACCAAGUGGGCCUAGCGGCUCUCCGCAGCCUGUGUGCUUUCCACUGUUAUGGACAGCUGUACCAGCUGUGGUGGGGGCUGGCUGCAGAUCAUUCCGGAAUGUCGGCGGGCAGGAGGCAGGCUGACACGGAGGAGGGGCUGCAGGUGGAUGGAACGCUGGGGAGCCUAGACCAACCAGUCGCUGCCCCCUCUGACCUCGGGAGCACUGCAGAGGGGGGUCAGUCUGCAGCCAGGAACCUCCCGUCCGGCUGUGCCUUGUUACUAUCACCGGAACACGCCAAACUCCAGGCCCUGCACAGACAGAUGGCUGAUAUCCAACAGGCAGUCACUGGGCUUGUCAGUCAGCACCAGAGGCGAUUGGCCGGGCCGGAGGAGACUCCGGAAGGUGGGCCGCACCUGGACCAGGAGGCCGAGCCUGAACCAACAGAAGACCCCACGCCAAACCAUCAUGGCUCUGAGCCCCCUUUAAGUAAGGAGACCAGCUCGAUGACAACUCUGAUGGGACAGCUCCGGGACGUCACCCAGCAGCAGUCAGAGCUGCCAGAGACUGUAAAGCUUCACCCUUUCCCUGACGUUGUCGAGAGCAGUCUCGUCGUCCUCUCCAUCUCCUCACUCGUUCCAUCCAUCGUUCCCUCCGAGAUCCGAAACCAAGCUGCGACGCUGGUUCAGACCUACGGGACAGCUCGGCCGUAUCAAAGGGCAGCGCAGAGGAUCCUCCCGGGGACAGCCUGAAGGAAGAGAGGAGAGAUGGCCUUGGAAAUGCUGCUAUCGGGGGCCUGGACGUGGGGAAUCAGCAGUGGGAGAGAUCAGGGAGAGAUUGCUUUAUCCUGGUGUUUCAUCUUCACCAGUCACUGGGAGGGGAGAGGCCGUGAGUUUAAUGUUGUGUGAGUGGGUAGCACUGGGUUCCCUGGUGACUGACCCUGAGCUAGUGACUGUGGUGAUGGGGGAAGGAUCAGUGUGUGAAUGUGUUCACACACAGCCAGUUACAGUAAUAACACUGCCUGCCUGCCAUUGCCAACUGCUCUUGCUCAGAUUGAGGCUAUUCGAUCAUUAACCCCUUGAUUUCCCGCAGCCAAUUAGUUUAUUAUUCCCCCUGCUUUCCCACAAUUUUCUGGAACUCAGCAAAUUCGCAAUGUGACUUGUAGGAUUUCACUAUUUUUGUUUUUCAGAAGAAAGAUCUGAAUCUAUCUGUCUGUUUCUCUCUGCUCCUACGUACCAUCCACCACCCUCUUUCUUUCUUUCUUUCUUUCUCUCUAUCUUGCUCCCCCUUUUUCCCCCCUUUCUCUCCCUCUCUUUAUCUCUCCCCCACCUCCCCUCUCUCUCCCUCUCCCACCUCCCCUCUCUCUCCCUCUCCCACCUCCCUCUCUCUCUCCCACCCCACCCCACCUCUCUCUCUCUCCCACUCCCACCUCCCCUCUCUCUCCCUCUCCCACCUCCCUCUCUCUCUCUCCCA